UAUUCGCAGAAGCUCCCUUUCAGUUGCUGGUCUGUUUGUGGUGCAAUGUUUUUUAAACCGGUUGAGGUAUUGGUUUUGUCGUAAAGCUCGGAAACUGGGGGCUAGUUCGGUGAUUUUUUUGGCGACUUGCGGUGGAUCAUUUGUGGCCUCAUCCAAACUACACUGUAGUUAUUUGUAUUUGAAUAAUGCAGACUAACGGGACUUCACUGUUGAAUUCUACUGACAAGAGAAGGCGGCCCACCGCUGAAAACCACGGCAGCAUGGCUCAAACCAACGCCAAGGUGCCCCGGACGGCUCAUUAUGAAUUUGGAGGGCCUAUAGGCGCCUUGUUCAUCAUGAUCAGCCUGCCUCUGUUCAUAUAUUAUCUCUACUUCGCCUGUGACAAGAACUCCUGUGCUGUCACGUUUCAACCCCCUCUCCCUAGCAGUUGGGAUGAUGUAUUUGACUUGGAUGUCUUCCUGAUAUUCUUGGGAUGGAUUGCCUUCCAGGCGGUGCUAUACAUGCUCCCGAUUGGAAAGAAAGUCAAAGGUCUUCCCCUGAGGACUGGACGGCGGCUGCAGUACAGAAUGAACGGUCUGUUGGCGUUCGUGAUUAGCAUGGUGCUAUUCGCUGCCCUCGUCUAUUUUCGGUACCCAGUCACCAUUCUGUAUGACAAGUUCCUACCGUUUAUUACGUCUUCUCUCAUCUUCUCCGCGAUUCUCAGUGUCUUCGUCUACAUCAAGUCUCUUGCUGCUCCUAACCACGCCCUCGCCGAAGGAGGAAACUCAGGCAAUGUCAUUUAUGAUUUCUUCAUUGGACACGAACUGAAUCCAAGACUGGGGAACUUUGACAUCAAGAUAUUCUGUGAACUUCGACCGGGACUCAUCGGUUGGGUUCUGAUCGAUCUUGCAUUCGUGGUGAAAGCCUGGACCGACUUUCCGGACAAUCCACCUUGGUGUCUGUUAGCUGUGACCUUCUCACAGGUUCUGUAUGUCGCUGAUUCACUAUGGUUUGAGGAAUGCAUCUUGAGCACCAUGGACAUCAUUCACGACGGCUUCGGAUUUAUGCUGGCUUUCGGUGAUCUUGCAUGGGUUCCUUUCACCUACACACUACAGGCUCGUUACCUAGUGGAUCACCCAGAGAAGACUAUGCCCAGUUACUGUGUUCUGACAGUUGUUGCCUUAGGAUUUCUGGGGUACUACAUUUUCCGUGCUUCCAAUUCCCAGAAGAACGCCUUCAGGCAAAACCCCAACGGAGACAGCGUUAAGCAUCUACAGACCAUUCCUACAGCUACCGGAAAGCGACUGUUGGUGUCCGGUUGGUGGGGGUUCGUCCAGCAUCCCAACUACCUUGGUGAUCUCAUUCUGGCUUUGUCAUGGUCCCUGUACUGCGGGUUUGACAGCAUUAUCCCGUAUUUCUACCCCAUCUAUUUCACCGUUCUCCUAGUGCACCGAUCUCUGCGCGACUCGGCAAUGUGUAAGGAGAAGUAUGGCACGGCAUGGGAUCGCUACUGCCAGAAAGUACCCAGUAGAAUAUUCCCUUAUAUAUUCUAAUUUAGCUGCUACUGAGGAAUAAGAAACCACCCUUUUCACAAAACCUUCUGAUUACAUUAACGCCAGUCAUCGAUAUGAUACUCUCAAGACGGUGACUACAACAGUAGGGUCUAUUAAUAUAAUGUAGCAGCAUGUAGAGAUUUACACAGGGUGAUUUCUCCCAAGUUGGUCUUGUUUACAUUCGUAGCAUUACUCUAACAAAUCUCCAUUUAAAUGGAAAAUCUGAAUUUUGCGCUGGUAUUAGAAGGCUCGUCAGAUUAAAGAUAUCCAUCGUUUUGUAACAACA